UUCCUUUGAGACCUGGCCUCAACAGCUUUGGCGGACACGGUGAACAUAAGCGACUGAAGAGUUUUGACAGUCACGGAACACAGCAAGAUGAUCAAUGUCCUCCCAACCAUCUCUCUGAUAUUCCCAUUCUGGUCUGCAUAUAUAAACAUGACGGACGAGCAUUUGUCACUGGAUCGCCCAUUCUGUCGUUCCGUCAUUCCUUGCUCUCCGCCUUCACGUUCCCUAUUUCUCACAUCCGACGUUUGGCACACUGUUUCUUCUCAUCUUUGUUCAAGGGCCGAUGUAUGGCUUGCUCUUGUUUAUACUAUCCGCUGCAAUCAGGUCAUUUGGGCUCAAAAUCACCAACUCCGUCCCUGACAAUGUGCGGACGGGCGAAACCGUUUCCGCAUUUCUGGCCCACUUCGACGGUGAUCCAGCCGACUUUUACCUAACCAUGUCUUGCACAAGCGGCGGGAAGACAACUAAGUCUGUCUCGAACGUCGCCAAUUUCACGUCCGACGCCACUGAAGAUAUAUCUAUCGUUUCUUUAGGGAACUGCAUCAUUAGUGCACUCCUUCAUUCCGAGCCUCAGGCGGACACGCUCAUCGCCGAGAGCGAACCUUUCAAUCUUCGGGAAAGUACUUCCGAAUCACAGCCUUCUCCAACCAGUGCACCAGCGGAUCAGAUAUAUUUCAUCGUGCAGAUGAUCAAUCUCGGGCUGGGUGCGACGUCUUUCCUCGGCGUCCUAGGAAUCAUUCUAUAUCUAUUUCUCCAGCGUACGCGGGCUACGCCAAGGAAUAGGCUAAAUACGAAACCGUCUUCCAUCAGUGAUCCAGUCAUCAUACCACCUCCCGAUCAACGCCUCACCUUUACACCGCCUAAAACAAUGGAAUCAAACAGAGCAGUCAGGAACUUCUCACUAAUAUCCAGAAGAACGGCAGACGUUCCCACUGGCGUACAGAGUUUAGGAGCGUCGGACCCAUCACAGUAUUCUACGACUACGAGCGAGAAUCUGACUCUCCUCGCCUUCCCUCUCCCACCCGCUGCUAGGCAGACGGAGCUGCAAGAAUUUGUCGCGCGUCUGAGACGCGAGGUUUCGUUGCGGAGCACGAAAUUCAGCUUGGAGGAGAGGCGGGCUGCUAGCGAGGAGCGGCUGCACAAACAGAUUGCUGGGAUGCAAAGUGAGAUAUCGUAUCUGACGGCACAGCUGGACUUGGCAUGGGCGAUGGGGUUUGGUCAGGCGGCGCCGUCGGCUGAUAGUGGUAGUAGGAGGUCAGCGGAGAGUGGGACAUUAUCGGUGCAUUCUCGUGUGCCGCAAGCUUCUAAUGUAACUUCGUGACGGUUUUUUAUAUGUAUCAUUUGUACUGCAUACACAUAAUGUUGGGGAACAGGAGCUCUCG